AUGUCCAACAAGAACAUAAAAGCCCUCGCGCAUGAGAAGCGCAAAGGGGAGUCGGCCCUGAGCGACUUCGCCGAAUACGUGGAGCAACAGCAGAACCUUCGCUUCCCAGCAUCAAGACGGACUGAUGUUGCCCCCACAUCUAAUGCAAAUAAUGCAGAGCACCAUGAAGAACUGGAUGAACUAUUCGACAAUCUUGACUUGGCGGAUACUGCGCCAAGGAUACCGCUAAGAGACCUUGUACUUGGGACAGACGACCACACGUUCCAGAAACUCCAUGAUGUCAUCACCGAGCGCAUUGAGGAGGGUAUGGGCGAGACUGUUUUCGAGCUGGGCUAUGAGAACAAUGGAGACUCCAUGAACCUGUCCUUGGAUGACUGGAACACGGCGUAUGAGAGAUUGGUGAAGGCCGCAAAGGCUGCAGGAGCCGACUGCGACUUGCUUCUGACCAAGAACGUCGGUGGCAAGUUCGAGGCGGAGAGCACGGCCAACGAGCCUGACAAGAGUGGAUGCAACGGAAAGAUUCUAAUAAGACGGGUCCCUACUAAUGUUGAGGAUGUCAUUGAAACUAGAAUAGCGGUUGUUGGUAAUGUGGAUGCUGGGAAGAGCUCUAUGCUGGGAGUGCUAGUUAAGGGCGAUUUGGAUGAUGGAAGAGGCAAGGCACGAGUGAAUCUCUUCCGUCACAAGCACGAAAUCGAAUCCGGCCGGACCAGCUCUGUUGGGAUGGAGAUUAUGGGGUUUGACAGCGUAGGAAACGUAGUGACGUCCGACACUGCAGCAAGGAAACUGUCGUGGGAGGACAUCGGAAAACGAAGCGCCAAAGUCAUCACCUUCAGCGAUUUGGCUGGCCAUGAGAGAUACCUGAGAACUACGGUUUUCGGUCUGCUAUCCAGCAGCCCUAAUUACUGUUUGCUCAUGGUUGCUGCGAACAACGGACUGGUCGGAAUGAGCAAAGAGCAUCUGGGAAUCGCCCUUGCGCUCAACGUGCCCGUCAUGGUUGUCGUGACCAAGAUUGACAUUUGCCCUCCCAACAUCUUGGAGGAGACAAUUACACAGAUCACUAAGAUUAUGCGAAGCCCUGGAGCCCGCAAGGUGCCAACCUUUAUCAAGAAUCGGGAGCAGUGCAUCAACACGGCCACUCAAUUCGUCAGUCACAGAAUAUGCCCAGUAUUUCAGGUUUCCAACGUCACAGGAGAGAACCUGGACCUCGUGCGAACUUUCUUGAAUAUUCUUCCUCACCACGGACGGUACAAUACUGAUGCGCCAUUCGAGUUUCAUGUUAACGACACAUUCUCGGUGCCAUACAUUGGAACUGUUGUUUCAGGAAUUGUCAAGUCCGGAGUGAUUCACGAAGGCGAUAAUGUCCUCAUUGGGCCAGACCCUUUGGGACAAUUUACACCCACAGCUAUCCGGUCCAUUCAGAGGAAAAGAAUAGGCGUCCCUGCCGCUGUUGCAGGUCAGUCCGCAUCUUUCGCGUUGAAGAAAGUGAAGCGGAAAGAUGUGCGAAAGGGCAUGGUUGUGCUUCCCAAAGUGGAGGGCGAGCCUAAUCCCAAGGUCCACAGGGAAUUUAUUGCAGAAGUACUGAUCCUCUCUCACGCAACGACUAUAAAGAAAAAGUACCAGGCUAUGCUUCACGUUGGACCUGUCUCUCAAACAUGUGCUAUCAUUGACAUAGACAGACAGUUGAUACGAACGGGGGACAGGGCGACUGUGGCAUUCCAGUUUGUUCAGCGGCCAGAGUACCUCGCGCCUGGUGACCGGCUGCUCUUCCGGGAAGGAAGAACGAAAGGACUGGGCAUUGUAAAGGCCGUUGGCUAUGACUGGAACCAGCCGUUGAUGGGGAAAUCAACGAACGAGGAAGAUGGGAAGGAUGAAGGAAAGCCACACGCCGGACAGGAGGUUCGCGUUAGUGCUUGA